AACUAACCGCUUAUUUGAUAACAGCAGCCAAACCUCGGAGUAAUCGCAUACUGAGACUCGUUUGUCGGCGACUGUCUGUCAUUCUGUCAUCGAAUUGGCCCAAACCGCACAUCUCUAUAGCAAUCAACACAUACUUAGAGACUCCCAUGACAACGUCGGCCACAAAGCGGCUCAAAAAGGCCGCUCGGAUCAUCCUCAUCGGAGCUCCUGGUGUUGGGAAAGGCACACAAACAGAGAGAUUACUUGCGCGAUUCCCACAGUUGGCGGCAAUAAGUUCGGGGGAUUUAUUACGAGAGAAUGUUCGCAAGAAGACUGCUCUAGGCCUUCAAGCCGAAGCGCUCAUACAAGCUGGGAAUCUUGUCCCUGAUACUGUCAUGCUCGAUCUUAUAUCCGCAGAAUUAGUUACGAAAGGCUGGCUGCGGCCCUCUGAACCUACAACAACACAAUCCUCUUCUGCGUCUCCCCCGACGAUAUCAUCUUCAUCUCAUAGUCAAUAUAAUCGGCCACCAUCAAUAGCACCCUCCGCCUCCUUCAUCCUAGACGGUUUCCCUCGAACCGCCGUCCAAGCCAUAAGCCUCGACCGAAUCCUCCCCAUAAACUUUGUCGUGCACCUCUUCACACCUCCAUCGGUCAUAAUCUCACGAAUAACAAAACGCUGGGUCCACGCACCCUCGGGACGAGUCUACAAUACAGAUUUCAACCCACCCAAAAUCGCGGGCAAGGAUGAUAUUACAGGUGAACCCUUAACGCAAAGGGCGGAUGAUUCAAUAGAUACAUGGAAGCAGCGCUUGAGGAAAUUCGAGGAUUCUAGUAAAGCGCUUAUUGAGCAUUAUGAGAGGCAGGGUUCGUUAUGGAGAGUAGAGGGCAAUUCGAGUGAUGAGAUUAGUCCAAAAUUGUUUGCAGAGAUUGAGAGGAGGUUCGCUUAA